AGUCUCUCUCCUCCCUGUGCGUGACAAACCAGCAGGUUUCUGUUUGGUCAGGAGGCGCGCUUUAUUUUCCGUGUCUGCAUCGGCUCAACUAUUAUUCCCACGGUUUCCCUUCAUCUGUUUACAUGUUGCUGUCUCUUUGGAGUGGUUCGUCCAGGUGCUGCAGAGGACUUUGCACUCGCAUUGAACUUGCAGUUUACAACUUGCAUUAAACAGCAUUCAACUAGUGGACAACAAGUGGAGGAAUCUUGAUCCUGAAGCAUCAUAUAUUGAAUAUUGGGAUUUGAAGAGAAACACCUGUUACACCUGCCUAUCUACUCUGGACUUUUUAGGCUUCCUGUCUGAACGUCAUGCAGAUAUCGACAAUGAAAGCUUGAUAACUUUAAAGUUGAACUUUUUACCGCUCAGAAAGGAAGGUUUGAUUUUUUUGACUAACUAUGGAGUUGACGGGGCAAAGGGUAAAGUGUCUGGCGCUGCUCUUACUAGUUGCGGUGUGUGUGCAGGGUGGCUUUGUGGAGCCUCCCCAGGCCGUCACCUCCCUGCGCUCCUUCGCAGAGAGCCAGACCAGGCUCCCCUGUCACUACCAGUUGGACGAGGGGGAGAAGGUGGUGCAGGUCACCUGGUACAAGGAGCUCCCAGACGGCAACACGGACCAGAUCAUCACUGCCCACUUCACGGACGGCCACACAGAGUUUGGGCAUUACUCCGGCCGGGUGAGAUUCGAGAGCGGGAGCCCCACGGUGAACUCGGCUCUGCUCAUCCCCAGCACAGAGCAGUCGGACGAGGGCAGCUACGUCUGCCGCAUCUCCACCUUCCCCAACGGGAACUUUGAAAGGCACAUCACACUCACCGUUUGGAUUCUACCCAUCUCCUCCCUGGAGCCGGUUACCCUGGUAGAAGGCCAGCCGUUCGGGGUGGUCGCCUCCUGUCGAGCCGUGGGGCGCCCGUCUCCUCGUCUCUCCUGGGACACUGACCUGCCAGGCCGCUCCCAAAACCGCAGCAAAGAGGGCGGGGCCGUGUCCAGCUAUUACUCCCUGCACCCCCUGCGCAGCAUGAAUGGGAAGAAGCUGGACUGUCUGGUGUGGCAUCCCGGCCUGGAGCAGCCGCGCAGGAUCUCUCACCGCCUGCUGGUGCAGUACCCCCCAGAUGCCACCAUCUCCUCUGAGACAGCGGACUGGUUUGUGGGUUUGGAGAAAGCUGAGCUGGUGUGCAGCAGCGGAGGAUACCCCAAACCUCAGAACUUCACCUGGACCUGGAAGGGAGGAGCUUUGCCAGAUGGGGCGUUUGUGGUUGGAGAAAGACUUGUUUUUGGGCGGGGCCUCCGCAUGGAUGACAGCGGGCUCUAUGAGUGUGUGGUCCAGAACGCCGUGGGAGUGGCAAAAGCAGAGUUUACGUUGACAUUAACAGAGACAUCCCAACGCACGGGCGUGUCCCCCAUGGACAACAUGAUGCUCAUCAUUAUCGGGGCUUCAGCCGGAGCUUUGGUCCUGGUCCUGGUCCUGGUGGUCCUGCUGGUCAACCGCUACCAUCGGCACCGAAACAAAAAGCUUGAGAAGGAGCUCAGCGAGAAAACGGAGGAAAUUCAAAGCUUCUCCCGACAAGCUUCCUUUAGGAGACUGAACUCUGUCAGCACAGACCCCAGAGUGCAGCCUGAAGAUUACGCUCUGCUCAGAGUAGACAGCCGAAUGAAAAACAGCCAGUUAUCUCUGGAACGAACCAUGUACAGAGACAGCCAGUCCACUCUGGGCGGGAAGUGGGGGCCUGAGGGAGGGGUUGAGGUGGACGAACUGGGACGUCCCGUUGUCUGGCACAACGGCAGAGAGAGCCUGAGAGGAGCAGAGAUGGACGGAGACAAGGAGGAGCAAAGGAGGAGGGUGGAGUCCUACCUGAAGAACAGUAACAUGUCACUGGACUCAGGUCUGCCCUCUUCCCUGGUUCCCCUGAAGGCCCAGCAGGAUGAAUGUGGCGUGGGGCCCAGAGAGCCAGACCUGGGCCACGUCACAGAGGGAGACUCUCCGCGUGGAGAGGACUGGCCUCCGCCUCCCACCCAGCCGGUAGACGAGGGACACGAGGAUGACAGUGAAAGCAGCUCCUACCAGCUGUCAGAGGCCCUCACACAUCACUUCUACUACAGUAACGGCGUCCUCCGGCCCAGGCCACACUCCAACGCCAUUCUGCUGCACCCCAGAGGGCAGAUCGUCUAGAACGCAGACUUACAUCCACAACAUGACAGGAGAGAGAGUCUGCCUGCAUUCCUGCAGUGAAAAUGACCUUAUUCUUAUUAAAUGGGAUGUUAGUUUUGUACACAUUGACUGCAGUGGGUAAUUAACCUCAAGAACGAUCCAAACCUUUUUAUUUUUUGCCUCUGGCUUGUGAGAUUUUGAUCCAUAACCCUAUAUAACCCUAAUAACUGGGAAGUUUAUUAAUAGUUUUGGGGCAUUUUAUGCCUUUUAUUAGACAGGAAAGGAGAGAGAUAGUGAGUGUUAUGCAGCAAAGAUCCCCAUCCAGACUCCAGCCAGAGACGUUGUGGUUCAUGGCCACCAGGGUACCCCAUUAUUGGGUUUUUUGAUAAUGUUUUGGGGCAUUUUAUACCUUUUAUUCAACAGACAAGAAAACUCGGGGAGCGAGAUGGCGAUGUUCUCCAGCCAGACUCGAUCCUUUAUAAUUUCUCUGAUUGAGAAUUAGGUACACCGGCGAGAUUUUGCCUUUCCACGAUGGCAUGUAAAUGAAAAAUGUUUCUCUCCUUGAAUGUGUAAGGAAUAAAGGUUCCUGUUACAUGAUUUUUACUGUGUUAUCCGCAGCGCUAAAAUCUUGCAUCCACUGCUAUGGGGACUUAGACAUAUUUUUAUAUUCACAAAGUAGGAGUCCAAAUGAAUCCUCGCUGCCAACUUGGUGCUUUUUUUUUUUUUUAACAUCAAAAACAUUCAAGGAGGAACAUAUGGACAAUAACACCAUUUCUAAGCUCCAAAUGCCUAGCCCAGUCACGAAUAAACUGUACUCAGAGUUUUAAUAUUUUCAGCUUGGAUGCACCUGUGGAGAAGAAGUCAGUGUGUGAUUUUGUGCAUGUGUAUAUAAUAUGUAAGGAAGAGUCAUAUGGAGAUACUGUAUGUUUUAUGAUCAUGUCGUUAACGGCCACCUGCAACUACAAAAAGGCUGUGGUGCUGGAACACAGACCAAGUAAAUUGGUGGAUGUUUAUGGAUACACGCAGCAAACUGGUUUCCAUGACCAGGUUUAAACCAUACCAGUGCACAGCAAUAAACUGACUGGAUGAAAUGUGCAGCGGAUCAACU